AUGGGAUCGCUUACUUUACCAGAAUUGCACCCCUUCGAUCCGCUAACAGCCAAGGAGAUUCAAGGGGUUAUUGGCAUCGUCAAAAAAACACAUGGCGAUGUGUUCUUCAAUGUCGUCUCACUCCAAGAACCACGCAAAACUGAAAUGACAGCAUGGCUCCAAGAUAACAGCAGACCAACGCCCAAGCGUAUCGCGGAUGUUGUUGUCAUUGCCCCUGGCGGCAAGGUAUACGAUGGUCUGGUUGAUAUUGAAAGUGGCAACAUCACAUCAUGGGAGCUGCUUGAUGGCUUACAGCCCAUCAUUACUAUGGAAGAGCUCCAAACUGUGGAGCAUACUGUCAGAAAAGACCCCAAGGUUGUUGAGCAAUGCAAGAUCAGUGGCGUUCCUGAAGAAGACAUGCACAAGGUGUAUUGCGACCCCUGGACCAUUGGCUUUGACGAGCGUCACGGAAACAAGAUCCGUCUUCAGCAAGCUCUCAUGUAUUACCGACCAAACGUAGACGAUUGCCAAUACCAGUAUCCUCUGGAUUUCUGCCCCAUCUACGACGCUGACAAACAGGCGAUUGUCGAUAUUGAUAUUCCAAAAGUCAGACGGCCACUGAGCAAGGCGGCAGCCAUCAACUACACGCCUUCCGCCGUGGAGAAAGCUGGUGGUUAUAGGCAGGAUCUCAAGCCAAUCAAUAUCUCACAGCCUGAGGGUGUAUCAUUUAAGAUGAACGGUCGUGAGAUUGAAUGGCAAAACUGGAAAUUCCACAUCGGCUUCAACUACCGAGAAGGCAUUGUCUUGAACAACAUCACAUACAACGACAAGGGAACCGCAAGGUCUCUAUUUUACCGUCUAUCGCUGGCAGAGAUGGUUGUCCCAUACGGAAACCCGGAGCACCCGCAUCAGCGCAAACAUGCUUUCGAUCUGGGAGAAUAUGGUGCCGGUUAUAUGACAAACAGUCUCGCACUGGGCUGUGACUGCAAGGGAUCCAUCCACUAUCUUGACGCGGAAUUCCCUUCUAGAGCUGGUGACAUCCGUACUAUCAAGAAUGCGAUUUGCAUUCAUGAAGAGGAUGCAGGCAUUUUAUUCAAACAUACUGACUUCCGUGACGAUUCCAGUAUAGUUACGCGUGCAAGGAAACUCAUUAUUCAACAAGUCUUCACUGCUGCGAACUAUGAGUAUGCCUGCCAGUGGAUCUUCCACCAGGAUGGUACAAUUCAGCCUGAGAUCAAGCUCACCGGCAUUUUAAACACUUAUGGCAUGAACGAAGGCGAGGAUACCCACGGAUGGGGAACGCAGGUUUACCCUGGUGUCAAUGCCCACAAUCAUCAACAUUUGUUCUGUCUCCGAGUAGACUCCAACAUCGACGGGCCUGCCAACACCGUUUUCAUGUCCGAUGCUGUACCAUCCGAUGCGCCUGUCGGAAGCCCGGAAAACUACUACGGCAACGCAUUUUACGCUAAGCGCAAGAAGUUCUCUACUACUGGAGAGUCCAGAACAGACUACAACGGCAAGACGGUGCGGACGUGGGAAAUGUGUAAUACAAACAACAUACAUCCGUACAGUGGCAAAGCGGCAUCGUAUAAGCUUAUCAGCCGUGAAGUCCCACCGUUGCUGCCAAAAGAGGGAUCGCUGGUGUGGAUGCGGGCUGGAUUCGCAAGACAUGCAGUCCACGUAACAAGGUACAAGGAUGACCAACUAUGGCCUGCCGGUCGCCACGUACCUCAGACCUCCGGAGAGCCAUCGUUAGGUCUGCCAGAAUGGAUCGGUGACGGCUCAGAGUCCAUUGAUAAUACUGAUAUUGUACUGUGGCACACUUUCGGUGUCGUCCACAUUCCCGCGCCUGAAGAUUUCCCCGUGAUGCCGGUCGAGCCUAUUACUCUACUAUUGAAGCCAAGAAACUUCUUCGGCAACAAUCCUGUCAUGGAUGUCCCCCCUAGCUAUGCCAGUACUCCCAGUCAAGUCGCAGCAGGAAAUUCCGGAGUAUAUAACGCGACGGACAAGCUUAGCAAGUUGGCAUUCUCUAACGGUUCUAACCACACGAACGGUACAAAUGGGAGCUGCUGCAGUAGCAAUGAAGAGAACGGUGUGGACGGGCACUAG